AUGGCGGACGACUCUCAGAACGGUAUUGAGCAUCAUCCAGAAUAUUAUCUUCGAGAUGGCAACAUCAUCUUCCUGGUGGAGAACACACUCUUUUGUGUUCAUAGGCUAUUCUUUGAGCGCGAAUCCCAGUUUUUCAUCGAGAAAUUUGCACAUGCUCCCCAGGAUGGAAUAUCUGAUGACAACGCGUUUCUGGUCGAAGGAGUAACAAGUGCCGACUUCGCGAAGCUCCUCUGGGUCUGGUAUAGCCCGAAGUACAGACUGGACAAUAAAACGUCAGAGCACUGGCUCGUCAUACUCGAGCUCUCCACGAGGUGGAAGUUUCUGAGAAUGAAGGAGCUGGCUGUCGACCAGCUCCAGAAUCUCGAGAUGGACCCCGUGGAGAAGAUCGCCAUUUAUAACAAGUACGAGCUUGAUAAUUCGCUGCUUUUGCGUGAAUACAAGCAUCUUUGCACGCGGGAGGGCCGGAUGUCGAUCGAGGAGGGUGAGAAGGUCGGAUUGCCCACUAUCCUCGGUAUACAUCAGGCUCGCGAGCGUGCACUGAUGAGUGCAGUGGCACAGGGAUGUCGCAGCCCGACUUCCGCUGAUGUAGAUGACGAGGAACUGGAAAAGAUAUUGAAACAUGUUUUCAAUCUCAACAUCAGUUCCAGUGCCAGAUCACGACGUGGCGCAGGUGAUCAGGUGCCGUCAGGAAACACUGACCGCCAGGGUGCGCAGUCACAAGGGCAACCAAACUCAGCCUUUACCAAUAAUAUACCGCGGCCCGAUGCAAGUUCGGUAAGUCGGGAUCUUCCACCAAAUAGAAGGUGUCACUUAACUGACUAA